UUGGGCUUGUUUGUCUGUUAACAUCCCAACUGCUUCACUGAAGCAUCCCGCAUGAUUUCUGCUGCUUUGGUUCUAGUUACCUACUAGCUAACUCGGAUGUUGACUUUUGAUUUCAGAUUUGUUUCAUUUUUUUUGUAAUUUAAUUAUUGUUUUGGAAAUCAUGUCCGGCGCAAGAGUAGAUUACAUCGCCCCUUGGUGGACUUACUGGCUUCAUAACUUCCCUCACAUCAAUCUUAGCUUUCAGACCGUGGACAACACCUUCAGUCCUAAGGACAACAAUUACCUGCAGUCCUUGAUUUUCCUGGCAAUUAUUGCAGCCAUCUGUCUGGGUUUCAACUUGCUUUUUCUGUUGGUGUACUUAACAUGCCUGUGCUGCUGUAAGAAAGGAGAAGCAGAAGAAACAAAGAAGUCGCCUUCCUCCUGCUUUGUCUGGAUAGCAGUAUUUGCUGGAUUGGUCUGCUGUACUGCUGUGGGAAUUGGCUUCUAUGGAAAUAGCGAAACCAAUGAUGGAGUCUACCAGUUGACAUAUUCCCUCAAUAAUGUAAAUCACAUGCUUAAAGAGAUUGAUAGCCAGGUAUCUACCACAACUUCUAACAUGCAAGUGGGCUUAAAGGAACAUCUAGCCCGCCUGGAUGAGCUCUUUGCCAGACAAGUGCAGUACAUAAAGACAUUGACAUUUGUUCAGCAAAUGGCAAGUAACAUCCUGCAACAACUGUCUGGGUUACCCAACUGGCAAAAUAUCAUCAAGAACCUGGCUGAAGUUACUGAUCAGAUCAGUCGCAUUGAGUACUACAGGUGGCUGUCCUACCUCCUCCUGCUCAUCCUUGACCUUAUAAUUUGUCUUGUAGCCUUCCUUGGUCUGGCAAAGCAUAAAAGGUGGCUACUGACAAUAAUGAUAUGCCUAGGGCUUCUAAGUCUCGCUUUGAGCUGGGCUUCUUUGGGUGUCGACACUGCUGCAGGUGUGGGUACCAGUGACUUCUGUGUGGCUCCAACUACAUUCAUCACAAACUUGACUUCCAUUGAUGUCAGCUCAGCUGUGGUGCACUAUUAUCUUUAUUGCAGCCAAGGCAUGGUCAACCCCUUCCAGCAGGCACUAACCACCUUCCAGAGAUCCUUGACUACAAUGCAAAUCCAAAUCCAAGGCCUGCUGACGUUUGCUGUACCCCUGAUUCCUGCUGCAAAGAAGGAACUUCUUGGAAUCCAGCAGCUACUGAACCAGUCUGAGACCAGCCUUCACCAACUUACUGCACUGAUGGACUGCAGAGGACUUCACAAGGAUUACCUGGAUGCUCUUAUCGGAGUGUGUUAUGAUGGUGUGGAGGGAUUACUAUACCUCGCUUUGUUUUCUCUGCUUACUGCGGCUGCUUUCACCACAAUGGUAUCCAGCAUCUCUCACGUGUGGAAGAAUUUUGCACUCGGGGACCGUAAUUAUGAUGACAUUGAUGAGGAAGACCCUUUCAACCCUCAGGCACGGAGGAUUGCAGCCCACAAUCCUAACAGAGGACAGAUGCACAGCUUUUGUAGCUACAGCAGCAGCUUAGGCAGCCAGACCAGCCUUCAUCCACCAGCACAAGCCGUCUCAAAUGCACCUGUCUCAGAAUACAUGAAUCAGGCUAUGCUGUUUGGUGGAAAUCCUCGCUAUGAGAAUGUCCCACUUAUCGGAAGAGGCUCCCCUCCACCUACAUACUCUCCAGGCAUGAGAGCCACAUAUCUUACUAUGACUGAUGAACAACAGAGACAAUACAGGAAUGAAGUUCAAUAACUGCAGUGCUGUCUUUAUUUACCUCCUGUUACAAACAUGAAGAGGAGCAAACAUUUUUUAAUUGAUUCCAAAGGCCCUGUCAAAGAGUGACUGAAAACUACCUUUCCCUGUACAGGGACUUUUAUAAAAACAAGCAGCAUAGCAUGCUGUGCUGAAAAGCAAAGGUACUAAAGCUAAACAACUUCAAGUUGGGACUGUCCCGCCAAGUCUUCCUGUUUUAUAUACUGACGCCUGAAGGAAAAGUAAAAUGGUGACUUGUUCCUUUGUGUAGCCAGCAGCAUCUACACACACACACACACUCACUCACUCACUCACUCACUCACUCACUCACUCACUCACUCACUCACUCACUCACUCACUCACUCAAUGAAUGCCAGCUGCCUGUCUGAAAUACGUGUUGAGUAUUUUCCAUUGUUUCAAAUUGUAAGAUUUAGUAUGUAAUGGGACCAAUUGUUAAUGUAUGUGAUGUACAAGAAGAGACUGAGAUUUAUUUUGUUUUUUUUUUCAACAAGCAUGUGUGCAAGUACUCAAAUGCAUUAUGAAAAAUACAUUUCUUGUUAAAAAAGUUA